CUUCAUUUUUCAAACCUAACCUAAAAUUUCUAAAUUUCUGCAAGUAUAAAUCCCUGCAAAUAUUUUGAAGGUUUAGCAUAACUGGCUAAUUCAGCCUUUUACGAUUGUGCUCUAUCCCAACAACACAUAAUUAGAAAUGUUCAACUUGGAAUUCCAAGCGGUGGUUUUAGCAGCUGGAAAGGGUUCUCGUAUGCACGAGAUUACUGCAGCAAAGCCAAAGUGCCUGCUACCCGUUGGUAAUAAACCUCUGGUUUGGUAUCCUUUGGUUAAACUGCAAGAGAUCGGUUUUAAAGAGGUGAUACUUAUCGUCUACGACAACCAGAAGAGCGAAAUUCAAAGCAGUCUCGAUAAAUUAAACCUUAACGUCAAAAUUGAAUAUGUACCGAUUAAAAAUGAAGAUCAGGGUACAGCCGAUUCCUUAAGGUUCAUUCAUGACAAAAUUAAAACAGAUUUGCUAAUUUUGUCAUGCGAUUUGAUAAGUGAUGUUAACUUAGGUGGGGUUUUAAAUCUGUUUCGGAUGCACGACGCUUCAUUAUGUUCCUUAUUCUUGAAUCCACCGGCAGGCGAGCAUCUGACUGUGCCCGGCCCGAAAACUAAGUACAAACCUGAAAGGGACCUGAUUGGAAUUGAUUCUCAGACGAACAGAUUAGUAUUUCUUGCGUCGGCAAGCGACUUCGAAAGUACGGUGACCUUACCCAAAGCGCUUAUAAAGAAGCACACCCAAAUCACAAUGUACAGCAACUUAAUCGACUCCCAUGUGUACGUAAUGAAGAAAUGGGUUGUCAACUACCUUCAGACAGAGCCUAGCAUUUCAACCAUUAAAGGCGAACUGUUGCCGCAUAUUAUUCGAAAACAAUUGCUUAAACCGAAACAAAAGCACGAUUUUAACACUUCCAUUGUUAACACAAAGGACGAAAGCGGAGUGUUUGCGUUUGCGUCGCAAACAAACUUGGAUAGGUUGAUACAGGAGACGUCUUCAUUCAAUGAUCAUCAUGGCGACCUGAAACCAAGCUACCAUGGCGAUCUCGUACGGUGCUUUGCUUAUAUUGCCAAACCGAAUGUGUUUGGAAUUAGAGUCAAUACUUUACCAGCUUACCAUUCUGUGAAUUUUAAGAUUAUCGAUAAAUGGGAGAAGUUAACUAAGGAUAAGGAGUUUAAUCGAAUCGAUUCAUCAGCUGAAGUUCUGUCGAAUCAAGUGGAUGAUAGAUGCAUUAUUUGGAACUCGUGCAAGCUUAGUGAGAAGACCUCGUUUAAGAAUAGCAUAUUAGGUGCUCACUGUGAAGUUGACAAAUUUUCACGAGUGUUCAAUUCUGUUCUCAUGAAUGAUGUUGUCAUUAAGGAGAAGGUGGCUUUAGAGAAUUGCAUAGUAUGCAACGAUACUGUCAUAGAGAGCGGUUGUCAGCUGAAGAAUUGCUUAAUUGGUAGUCAACAUGUGGUUCCAAAGGAUGCAGUCCACUCUAACGAGCUAUUGACACAGAAUGAUAGAUUAAUGGAACUUGAAUUGCUUUAAUACAACUUCUAAUGAAUAAAAAACUGCAACAGAGUUAGUUUA